CUCUCCAGUUUCAUUUCACAAACAACUUUUGCAGACGAAACUCUUAUUUCUCAUAAACAUUACUGAAAUUAUAAAGUGUAGUAAUAAUGGAUGGAGAACUAAAACGGACUUAUCAGAAGCUAUGGGGCGGUCGAUUUACCGAAGAUGUUGAUCCAGACUUCCAUAAUUUAAAUUCAUCAAUUAAUAUUGACAAGCGAAUGUAUGCUGAAGAUAUACAGGGAAGCGUAGCUUAUGCACGUGCUCUUUGCAAGAUAAAUCUUCUCUCAGAAAAAGAAUUGCAAAUUAUGAAUGCGGCUUUUAAUCAGAUAAAAGACGAAUGGGACAGUAACAAAUUUAUUAUAAACCAUGAAGAUGAAGAUGUACACAGUGCUAACGAACGAAGACUUUCGGAAUUAAUUGGUGACGUGGCAAAGAAAUUACAUACAGGUAGAAGUCGCAAUGAUCAGACAAUAACCGAUACCAAACUAUGGCUUAGAAAGUCCAUCGACAGACUUUUGUUAAGAGUCAAGAACUUCAUUGAGAUCCUCAUAAUUCGAGCGGAACAAGAUAUGGACGUACUUAUGCCUGGGUAUACGCAUAUGCAACGAGCACAGCCUAUUAGAUGGAGUCAGUGGUUACUUAGCUACGCUUGGUAUAUGAAACAAGAUUUGGAAAGACUAUUAGAAGUGCGUAAACGUGUGAAUAUUUUACCACUUGGGAGUGGUGCAAUAGCAGGAAAUCCGUUUCCAAUUGACCGUCAAUUUCUGGCUAUAGAGCUUGGGUUCGACGAAAUUACCCAAAAUAGUAUGCAUGCUGUUGGAGAUCGAGAUUUUGUCGCUGAAUUCUUAUUUUGGUCAUCUUUGUCGACGGUGCACUUAAGCCGUUUCUGCGAGGAUUUGAUUAUGUACAACACUCAGGAAUUCAAUUUUAUUAAAUUUGCUGAUAAAUAUUCUACUGGUAGCAGUUUGAUGCCUCAGAAGCGUAAUCCAGAUUGCAUGGAAUUAAUACGCGGGAAAACUGGUACUAUAUUAGGAAAGUGUAUUGGCUUCAUGAUAACACUGAAAGGAAUUCCAUCAACGUACAAUAAGGAUCUUCAAGAAGAUAAAGAGAUGCUAUUUUAUACAUAUGAUAUGUUAUAUCAAAUGUUUUAUAUAGCCGAAAAAGCAUUAGUUACUUUGCAAAUAAAUAGAGAAAUUUGUAAAGAUGCUUUGACACCUAAUAUGCUUGCAACCGAUAUGGCAUAUUAUCUUGUAACCAAAGGCGUACCUUUUCGAGAAAGUCAUCAUUUGGUUGGAAAAGCUGUUGCUUUAGCUGAAUCAAAAGGAAUAUCCUUAUCAGACUUAACUGUAUCACAAUUAAAAACAAUAAGUGAAAGAUUUGAAGACAACGUAUCGUGUAUUUGGAAUUUCAACUUUAGCGUGGAUCAAUACCAAACAACUGGUGGAACUAGCUUGAAAACAGUACAACAACAAAUUAACAAUUUAAAAUUUUGGCUACAUGAUUUUCCGUUUAAAAAAUAACUGUACUUAAAGUAAUUAUUUUUGUUUUUUGUAAAACUAAAUAACUUUAGCAUUUUCUUAAUGAAUGAACUAGUGAUUGCACAGUUGUAAAUACACAGAUAUGAUUUUUAAGAUACAUACGAUUUAUGAAACAUU